AUGGCACCUCCCCCAGCCCCCCUCACAACAAUCAACUGCGGUAUCACCCUCACCCUCAACGUCCACACCGAGGCCACCCCCUCCCAGCCCAUCCCCUCUCACGUGGAAACAACCUUCAACCUUACGACCUCCCAAUGGACUCCGCCAACCCUCCACGCAUCGCCAUACCUGCAAAUCCACGGCCUAUCCCCCGCCCUAAACUACGGCAUGCAAGCUUUUGAAGGGCUAAAAGCAACACGCCACUCAAACAACACAAUCACGCUUUUCCGCCCAACUUUCCACCACCGCCGUCUCACCCACUCAGCCGCUACAAUCGCCUUGCCAUCCCCUCCUCUCGACACUUUCCUCGAGGCCUUGAAUUUGCUCAUCCGUUCGAAUGCGCAGUUAUUGGGUCCAGCAUCUUCCUCUGCGAUUCUGUAUAUCAGACCUUUGCUCAUUCCCACCUCGCCUCACUUGUCCCUCACUCCCGUGCCUGAAACAGUCACGUUGGCUAUCUAUGCCCACGCAGCGACUACCUACCUCGGCGUGCGUCCAAUCCCUGCGUGCAUCUCAACGACGUACGACCGCGCUGCGCCGCUGGGAACGGGCCACGCCAAGGUAGGCGGGAACUACGCCUCUGGUAUCUUACCAGCGCAGGCGGCGAUGAAGCGCGGGUUUCCGAUGCAACUCUUCCUUGAUGCGCGGACGCGCACGGAGAUUGAGGAGUUUGGGUCGUCGGGUUUUGUGGGCGUGAUGCCAGAUGGCACGGUUGUGGUGCCGCAGAGUAGACAAGUCAUUGAUAGUGUUACGAGUGAUACGCUGCAGAAGCUUGCGGAGGAGGUGUUGGGGUGGAAGGUGGAGAAGAGGCGAGUUGGUGUGGAGGAGUUGAAGAGUUUCAAGGAGGUGCUUGCUGUGGGUACUGCUGUUUCUAUUCUGCCCAUCUCCAGCAUUACGAAUGAGGAGACGGGGGAGAAGUUUGUGUAUUGUGAGAAUGACGAGGCGGGGCCUGCAGCGAAGAAGUUGAAUGAGGCCAUUGGGGAGGCGAUUAGGGGAGUUGGAGAGGAUAGGUUUGGGUGGAGGUAUGAGGUUAUGUUCCCCGAUGAGGUUGAAGUGAAGGUCGAUGCGGAUGCCGUGACUGCCAAGGAUGGUAUCGAAGUCAAAGUUGAGGAGUUGCAGGAGGUGGAUGCUGUUUUGUAG